GCUGCACUCGGUCCCAGCUUAUCGCGGCCUUAUUGGUGCCCCCGGUGCCGGCUCCGAGGGGCACUCGGGAUGAUACAAGCUUGCAGUGAAAUCAUUCUCUCGGCAGCGAAAGUCCCCCGCGUCCACGUCGCAGCUGCCCUUUCGUUUCCGUCCGCGUGGGAACGAAACGUUGCGAGGGUGCGAGCGCCUGCCGGGUAGGCAACAUCUCGUGCGCUGUACACGGCUGUCUCGGCGUUGCCUACCUAGCAGGGGUUCGCGAGGGGGCCGCGUGCGCAGCGGCUUGGCAAAGGCUUUCAAGACUUACAAUUGCGCUUUCCCGGGUCACCCGUUAAGUACAAAAAGCAGAAGAGGGCGGGCUAAAAAGAAGUCGAGUUGGCACUGCUGUUGGAGGAGAACCGGGAACUCCGACGCCACCCCAUACCAUCAUGCGCGAGCUCUGCGUGGUGCCCGAAGCCGCAAGUCACCAGGACGGCGGGUGCGAUGAGGCACGGGCCGACACCAGGACCAGUGCUGCGACAGCUUCAGCGACGUCACUGCCGUCUGGCAGCAGCAGAAGCCGGACCGACUUUGACAUUCCUAAAAUCAUAGCAGAAAAGAUAAGGUCGAAAUCAUUCUUCUGGUCUGCUGAAUUAAUACCAGGCACCUCUCCUCACCUGCAAGCUCUACUAGAGCAGAGUUUGAAAGACAUAGCCAACCACGCUCACAAUGCACCGUCCUUUGUGUCAGUUACAUGGCAUGAGAGCCACCUAAAAGAAAUAAAAGUUGGGGGUUCGACAAGGCUUCAGCAUCCUGCAUUGGAGCUGAGUAAGUAUCUUCAACAAAAAUUUGGAAUACCAGCUCUACUUCACCUUUCUGCUGGAAAUCUAAAGCGAACUCAAGUUGUCAGAAUAUUGGAAGGAUGCAUUGACUCUGGUAUCACAAACAUACUAGCUUUGAGGGGAG